ACUAAAGGGAGCCAAGCGCGCGGUUGGCUCAGCUGUUGUUGAACGCGGCUGUGCUUGUGCGAACAUUUCCUGCUUGGUGUACGAUGCGAUAAAAAUGAUAGCGCGGUAGCCUCAUCGUCGAAUGCCUGAGUGAAGUCAACUGCUGCAGAACUGUGAAGAUGAAGCUGGCUUUUACGCUCCUCUUCGCGUUCAUUGUGGCUACUACACGUCAGCAAGUAGCGGGCCAGAACAACGACAGCUCGCUCGUUUUGCUUCAAAUGGUGUACAGACACGGGGACAGGACACCGAUUAGAACCUUCAAGAACGACCCUAUUCCAAUCACAGCCUGGAAAGAGGGACCUGGGCAGCUGACCAAGCUUGGAUGUCUGCAGCAUUAUACCCUGGGAAGCCAUCUGAGAUCACGUUAUGCGCACUUCCUUACUGGAAAUCCUCAUGAGCUGCGUGUCUGGAGCUCGGACAGGGAUCGCUGCCUGGCAAGUGCCCAGUGCCACUUGGCUGGAUUUGCGGUGCCUUCAGGAGACUGGGCCUGGAACAAGACCUUCCACUGGCAACCUGUUCCUAUACAUACGCGUCCAAUUUUUGAAGAUGGGAUGCUCGUUCCAGGAGAAGCUUAUUGCCCUGAAGCUGAUGCAGAAGAGGAGCGUGUGAAGACUUCUCCUGAAGGGCAGGCUUUCCUCGCGAAAUAUCAUAAACUUUACGAAACACUAACUGAAAAAACUGGAAGCAUUAUUUCAGACUGGAAUGAUGCUCAAUACGUAUACGAUGCUCUUCUGAUUGAGAGCUACCACAAUUAUACUAAGCCCAAGUGGGCUGAAGAAUUGUGGGACGAUUUGAAGUACCAAAGUGACCAGAGUUUUGUCUUCUACACCAAGACUCCUCUUCUCAAGCGACUGCGUGCAGGGCUGUUAGCGGCCAACAUGUCGGGAAACCUGGAGGCAGCAGCACGAAACAAGUCAGAAUACAAGGUCUUCAUGUAUUCCACACACGAUACUGAAAUUUCGGCUAUUCUGGAUGCCCUGGGCGUAUUUGAUGGCCAUGCCCCUCCUUACUGCUCUUCGCUUCUGCUUGAGCUAUGGAAAAAUGGACCAGGUAAUUUCUCUGUGCGUGGGCUCACGCUCAAUGCGUUCGAGUUGAAGCCCCGGCCUUUGCACUUUCCUGGCUGUGGUGACGAGUUUUGCACCCUGGAGCAGUUUCUGGACUUGGCCAAAGUGUACAUUCCGGAUGACUGGCGGCGAGAGUGUGGCCUUCAACAAUCGUUCUUCCUGUCUGAUGGAGCGUUGGCGUUGGUGAUUGGGCAGAGCGCCAUACUGGCCAUUGUGGUGUUCAGCUGCACCGCCUACUGUCUUCUGCGGAGGCGCAAGACACCAAAGAAUGCAGUUGCUUACUCGCCACUUCCCACUGAAUUUACGACGACCAACUGAGCAGACGUUGCAUGGAGGAAGAUAAUCAAUUGCCAAGACCACUCGCAGGAUGGACAUUUAACGUACUCGCUAGCCACUCUGUACCCUGCCAAUGUUCACUAGGAGAAUGCACUGGAAAGCUGGGCAAAAUACAAGCAAAAAGGGCGAGCCCAUCAAUAAGUUAAAUCUGUGGCACGUUUUCCCGCCACUCCCCCAUAAUUUAAUGCAGCUUUCAUAGUUGUGGCACCCGUUUGGGAGCCAGGAGGCAGGUUUAGGUUGAUAUCGAGUAUCGAAUGUUUACAUAAAAUUUACUGGCCGUGGAGGCUGAAAACUAUCUGCUUUAUCAGAAAGAUGUGCAGGCAGGGUAUCUGAACUGAGGAAGACUUCUUGUGUAACUGUCCUUAAAAGGAGCUGGGUUGUGCACAUAUUGUGCAUAUUGUUCGGUGUUACACACCGAACAGCACAGUUUUCCUUCAUGUAUAUCGCUAUCAGCCCUGGACCAAUAAUAUAGGCAAUCCUGAUAAUUUUGGUGAAUACCUAGGUGGGCUGCCAUAACACAUUCCUUAAAGGGGUAUUGAGAGUUUUGGUCAGCAUUUAUGUACAGAAUUGUCGAAUUUUACCGUAUGAAAUUUAGAAAUGAAGUCAUGGACUAUGGAUUAUAUUAGAGGCAUGAUAGUAUCUGAACAUUCAAUAUUCUCCCUCAUCUAUGGAUGUUCUUGCAUGGUUGCAGCACUUGAAUACUGUGCUAGUGACUAGUUGGUUAUGUUAGCAAUCCUUGUACUUGCUCUGUGUUAUUUGAAUGUCUGGCACGUGGUCAUUAGUGAAAUGUUAUUGGGUGCACAUGGUUCUACGUGAAACUCUAUCUUUUCCAUUUUGUAUGCUGGCGCAAUGAUCUCGCAUUGCGAAAAUUAUUGUGCGUAUUACUUUCAUGGUAUUGCUCAAACUGAACUUAGUUUUGCCUGUGCAAAGCACUUAUAAGUCAAUGUAAAUUUGCGGCACUGUUGUCUAGGAGUCAUAUUUGCAGUAUUCCUGUAAUUGAGUGUGAACUUGCUAUACAGUUGUAUGGGUGUUUAUUCAAUAUACGUUUUUAAGGAGACUCAAAAAUUUAUAGAUUCUUACAAUUAAGGUAUUUGCUUGGUACGCAGCAAAACCAGCAUGGGCAUUGAGGGUAUUCCACACUCGAUACACGAAACCUAGCUCUUUUCGUCGGUCUUGAAUUUGUAUCACUUGACUUUUACAUAUUUAUUAAAGUGUUUAAAAAACAA